ACCACGCAAGAUCAAAAGCACUUGGAUUUGCAACGCCAUGUCUACUGGAGGAGUCACUGUCAAAGACGUGAGCGCACACGACUUUAUCAAGGCGUAUGCGGCUUACCUCAAACGCACGGGAAAACUGGAAAUUCCCAAAUGGGUGGAUUUGGUCAAAACAGGUGCCUACAAGGAAUUAGCUCCCUAUGACCAGGACUGGUUUUACAUUCGUGCAGCCUCGGUUGCAAGACAUAUAUACAUCCGUCAGAGCGUGGGUACUGGUGCCCUCAAAAAGAAGUACUCUGGACGGCAAAAUAGAGGCAACCGCCCGCAUCACCAUGCCCACUCAUCAGGUUCCAUUGCACGAAAGGUGAUGCAAGCAUUGGAAGGGAUCAAAGUAUUGGAAAAGGAUGCGGCUGGGGGACGACGGAUCUCAACAGAUGGACAGAAGGACUUGGAUCGUAUUGCUGCGCAGAUUCGUAGAAGUGCUGAAUAGAGUAUGUAGAUAUUUAGACAUGUACACAAGCGUCCAUACUCUGGCAUACCAUUUGGGAUGCUGCAGGGAAUAAACUAUUGUGGUGGCCUUGCGGCCUUUGGAA